AUGCUGACUCAAGCCUACACCGACAUGCACUUUCGGCGGCAGGGUUUGCAAGAACCACAUGCCGGCUCGUCGUCGUUUGGCCCGUUGCCAAGCCGCAAGCAGAAGAAGGAGCAGGUUGCAAUGGGCCAACGGAACGAGAUCAACCACAUGCUCGAGCCCGGCUACAAGUCAACCGGAGCGGCGGCGCGUGACGACGACGCCACUUCGAUCGCAGGCCCCAGCAGGUUAUCCACCAGGACUGCAGGCGGUUUCGCGGCUCUCACGGGGCGUAGGAAAGACAAGGACGAGGUAGCGCGGGCAAACGCCUCUACGUCAAGCUUUCAGCGCGACUCGAAGGGUCCAGGCGUCUACAUAGACUCGUCGGGGCGCAUGCACGACACCGAGUUCGACCCGUUCGCAGGUGUCGCCGCCGUCUCGCGCCGCAAGUCGAAGCGGCGGAGCGCCUUUGGCCGCGACCAGCGUCGUGCGUCCAGCUCAAGCGGCAGUUCGUCCAGCAGCUCGGUUGAGUACGAUCCCAGAAUGAACACCUCCGAGCGUGCACUCCUAGAGGAGCCAGAACGGGAGUACCGCCGUCGGACAGAGGCCGAGCGCCUCCAGCUCGACGAGGUCUCCCUGUACGCGGCCGCCCGGCGGCGAAGCGUGAUGAGCGAUCGCGCGAGCGGCUUCUAUUCUGGGCGCGCGACACCCAGUAUGCGGUCUGGCCGCGACUACGACGAUGCAAUACCAAUGGCCAACGGUCGCUCAACGUCGCGUCUGAGCCAUUCCCACCUUCCAACAUCGCCCACUCUCGACGAGAAGUCGGCCGUGUCUGGCGGUUCAUCCAAUAGAAGGUCCAACGUGGCCAAUAGCGAAGAGUCGCCUCGAAAACACACCGAGACGGUCCAAGCUUCCCCUUCUCCUCUGCACGGACAUAGCCGGAACGUCUCAACGUCGUCGUCGGGGGUUCAACGACCCAUCGUCAAGAUCGCUCCGCCAGAGUCCAAAUAUGACGACGAACCACUGGAGGAGGAGGAGGAAGAGGAGGAGGAGGAAGAAGAAGAAGAAGAAGAAGAAGGGGAGUACCGGGACGCGUACGAGGAAGAGGGUUUGCAAGAGGAGGAAGACGAGGAAGGGGGAUCCGAAGUUGGCUCAGAUGAGUACGCCUCAUUCGAUGACGCUCCUCCUCCACAAUACCAAGAAGCAGAAGCAGACAGGGGAAUCACGCCACAGCUCCGCCUCAAGAAGAGGGAGCUCCCCACAUUGGUACCACAACCUGUGCGCCAGAAGAAGAUCGUCAACGGCGACACGCGACAUCAGGUCACGUUGUUGCCGAAAGCUCCAACCAUCGUUGUCGACAAACGGUUACCGGACACGCCGGUGCAGGCGAGGGUAGAGCGCGCCCCGAGCGGCGCCACGCGUGUCAUGGGCUUUGACGCGGGACCGGCCCGGCCGAUGCCAGUGUCACAGUCCCUGCAGUCGCGAAGGCUGGGCUCUGAGUCGGUGUUCAGCGGCGCGAGUUCGCGCAGUUCCGAGCGGGACCAUGCCGAUGCUCGCCAGAGGCCAAAACCUCGCCCACGAGAGCAGCUAUUUCCCGAGACGCCCGCGCAGGCCAAGAAACGCGAGGAGCAGGAGCGGCGCAACCUGCGUGCUGGGCGAACACGGGUUGGCGAGCUGGCUGCCGACUCGGUCAAACCGGGCACCUCGAGCCGUUCGCGCAUACUGCCCGAGAUUGAGAUCGUGGACGACGACGACCCGCGAAUAGUAUUUCCGCCCAAUGGGCCUUCGACGCGGAUCCAGACACGCUUCGACCAUGUCAUACGCACGCCUAGCGGGUCGCACUCGGGCCGACGAGUAGAGGACAACUCGAGCUCUACAAGAAGCCUACGGCAUGACGGCUCUGGCAAGGAGCCAAGUACGAUCAUCGAGGAGAGAGGCGGUGGUUAUCUUCCUUCGCGCUGGGCGAGCGGUGACCGCCAUCUCCGUCUCACCGAGCAAGACAAGGAUCAGUACCGGCCCCGGGAGUGGGGCGGUCGGCAUGGCGACCUGGGCGGUCGGCCCGAGGAGUGGCGGCCUUCGGUCAAAGAAGGAUUCAAGAAGGAGCUGAAGGACAUGUCGACGAACGCGCGCUUCGGUCUCUUCCGCGCCAAGAAGAAGGUGUUGCGUGGUGCCCAUGUCUAG